UCCUGCCUCCCAAGAUGGCUGCGCUGCUGCCGGGCCCGCAGCCAUGGAACCGCGUGAGGCUCCCUAAGGCGGGGAGCCGCAGCACAGUGAUCGUACAGGACCCCGGCGCGGCGCUGGGUGAGUGAGGCGCCCGGCGAGGGGUACAGGCUUUUCCGGAGGAGGCGUCAGGCAGGCGCACGUGCGCGGGGUGGGGGCGGGACUUCCGGAACCCGCGGGACGCUGCGCAGGGCCGCGACCGAUAGAGGCCUGGGUCCUAGAGCUUGCUGAGGAAUUUUGCAGGCAUCGCCGUUCCUCGCUGGACCCACCGAGUCUACCGCAGGGCCUGGCUGGGGCGCCGAAGGCCCAAGAUCCAGCCCCGCACCGAAAUGGGGAAAGAGGGCGGACGCAGCUAGCGUCAGGAAAAAUUGCUGCUUGGGGACCCUGCGUUCACUCAGGCCACCAAGUGCUGUGGUUCCCCCUCAGUCUUUCUCGACCUCUGCCUCUGAGAGGCUGCGGGUCGUCACUCAAGCACUCUGCAGUUAAACCGCAAUCUUUCUGGAUCCCUCGUUUCUUAUCUGUAAAAUGGGGUUAGUUUUCCCUAUCACCGGGUUGUUGGGAGGAUCUAAUAAUGUCAUUUAGGAGAGCGUGGUCUAAAGUGUUCUAUCAAGACCUUUGCAUUGCAGCUGUAAUUAAAGAAUGCUGUCUCGUUACAUUGUCACUGAAGAGCCAAAUCUUAGAUGCAGAAACAGAUGUAUUAUGUGCAGUCCUUUACAGCAAUCACAACAGAAUGGGCCGCCACAAGCCCCAUUUGGCCCUCAAACAGGUUGAACAAUGUUUAAAACGCUUGAAAAGCAUGAAUUUGGAAGGUUCAAUUCAAGAGCUCUCUGAGUCAUUUUCUUCUAAUGAAAAUCAGCCUGUAAAUACCAAAGCAUGUGUCAUCCCUAGCCAACCAGUGGUGGAACUGGUGUUGAUGAAGAUUUUGGGAGCCUGCAAGUUGCUACUUCGCUUGUUGGACUGUUGCUGCAAGACAUUUCUCUUGACUGUGAAACAUCUAGGUUUGCAAGAAUUCAUUAUUUUAAACCUUGUGAUGGUUGGGCUGGUGAGCAGGUUAUGGGUUCUCUAUAAAGAUGUUUUAAAAAGGCUGGUUUCUUUAUAUGAGCCAUUGUUUGGAUUACUUCAAGAGGUCUCCAGGAUUCAACCAUUGCCUUACUUCAAAGGUUUUACCUUUCCUUCUGAUAUUGCUGAAUUUUUAGGAGAGCCCUACUUUGAAAUCUUUAAGAAAAAAAUGCCUACAGCUUUUGCAGCUAAAGGAGUAACUAAACUGCUAAAUAAACUAUUUUUAACAAAAGAGCAAUCACAGAGGUCCAGUGAAGAAACAUUACUUAGAAUUUCCAAAAAAGCUAAACAAAUGAAGAUCAAUACUCAGAAUAAUGUGGAUCUUGGACAGCCAGUAAAGAAUAAGAAAAUCUUAAAAGAAAAGUCAUCAGAAUUUGACGUGAGGGCUUUCUGCAAACAGCUGAAACACAGAGCUAUUCAGGCGAACAGUUUUGAGUUUAAAUGUUCUCAAUCCAAACUAAAGGCAACCAAACGUUCUUCUUGGAAAGCAAUAGGAACUCCCUGUGUAAAAAGUCUUGUGCAAAGAUUCCGAGAAACUGACACUUUCGUACAACUUUCUGAAGAGAUCCAAAUGGCAAUUCUGUGGUGUAGGAGCAAAAAACUCAAGGCUCAGACCACCUUUCUGGGUAAUAAACUUCUUAAAAGCAACCGGCUUAAACAUGUGGAAGCUCAAGGCUAUAGUUUGCCAAAGAAACUAGAGUGCAUAAAAACAUCAAUUUGCAACUGCCUUCUUCAAGGCUCAGGUAGCAAAACUUUGAAGAAUCAUCUGAGACGAAGAUCACAGAAUAAAUUUUCAUUGAAACGAAGGAAACCACAGAGAAAGUUGCAGUCGACUCUUUUAAAGGAAACCCAGCAGCCCCCUCAAGGGACUCAGAGUGCUACUGAUAUCAUUAAAGGGAGACUCUCUCACCCUACAGUUUGUACAACUGAUCUCUACCCUAACAAUAAGCAAGUGUUGAGUAGAAGAGUUUCAAGUCCUGUCACACAAACUAAGGAGAAACAAAUUCAUGAAACUCUUAUAGAAAGCAAUGAAAAUGAAACUGAUUCUUGGACAACGAUGCAAAUAAAUAAACAUAAUACAUCAGGAAUCACUAAGGAGACAGACGACAUUGAUGAUAUUUUUGCUUUAAUGGGAGUUUAGAUGCUCAUAUGUGAGACUUUUAACUGGUUAACCAACUGCUCCAGUGUUCUGUUUUAAGUAGAACAGCUGAGAUCUGGAAAGAUCUGAAAGUACCAUUUGUACUCAGAGGAGCUGCUUAAGUGCAACAUUGUAGAGCAGUUCAUUUUAGUUCAGUAAACGCUUGUCAUAGCUUUGUGUCAUUUAACUGACAAGUAUUUGACUAACAGUCAAUUUUUGACUUAAUUAGGAUCUGAAUAAUUAGGUUUGCAAAACCUACACUGUGCCUUAGUAGCAAGGAAUCACCAAAAAGGUCACUUUAGCCUUAAUGGCGCCAUUGUAGCUAAGUGCUCUUCUGAACACCAAGGUUUGUAGCUUUUAACAGUUGUGCCCUCUUCUGUUAGAAUUAUCAUAGAAGUUUUGCCACUAUUACCAGGGAGUGGUCACAACCAUUAUUUCACUUCAUUUGUUAACCUUACCACACAGGAGGGCAUAUUAAAAUGCUUUUGGAGUUCCACAAAGUUUGUGGGGGCUUUUGUUUAUUUAUUUGGGUGCUAGUGACUGAGUCCAAAUAAAAUUUUUUUCAGAAAGGAUGUAAAGUGACUUGUGGUUAUACACAAAGUAGAAGGAGGUGAGAAAGUUAGAUGAAAAGAUAAAGCUAAGGAGACACAAAAUCAACCAACCCAAUGAGGCUAAAAAUAAAUUCAUAAUUUGGUGCUGA